GAAUACAACAUUCGAGCAUAACCAAACUCCGAGAAGAACAAUAAUAAUAAGAAGAAAAAAAAAACAACAAAAAACCAUUCAAAAUGGCAAAAAUCUUCUCGGUUUUGGUUAUCUGCGUAAUUGUAUUUGCUCACCAAACUUCCGCAGAGAUUCUUAAAGGCAACGCCUUAAUCAAAAACGUAUGCAAUCUAUCACCAAACAGCAAAGAUCUCUGCAUGGAAAUUCUUUCUUCCGACCCAACAAAAUCACCAAACGCUGAUCUCAAAGACCUAGCAAUAGUAGCCCUAAGAGUUGCUGCAAACAACGCUUCAGCAAUCUUGACCGACGUGAAGAUGUUGAUCGACGACGCUAAUCUAGACCCUGAGAUUCAACAAGGUUUGGCUGAUUGUAAGGAGACUAUAUUGGACGCUGAAUCUCAGCUCGAAGACACCAUUGCUGCAUUGUUGAUUGAAUCUGAUGUUGAUGCUCAGAAAUGGUUGAAGGCUGCUUUGGCUGCUAUUACAACGUGCGAUGAUUCUAUUCCUGGGAAUGAUGAUGUUUUGUCUGUCAAGAGUCACACUUUCCGCAAAUUGUGCAACAUUGUUGUUGUUAUUACCAGGGCUAUGCCUGCUUCACGCAUCUUAUAAGUUAUGUUUUAUGUGAUCUUCGUUAUGUGUGCUUAAUGGAUCGAUGCUUUUGUUUA